AGAGAAGCCAGGUUGUUUUGAUCUUGUCAUAAGUGAUGUACAUAUGCCAAAAAUGAAUGGAUUUCAGCUACUUCAGUGCAUAUUGCAGGAAUUCGUCAAUCUUCCCGUGUUUCUGAUGUCCGGUGAUAACGAACGUGAAAUGGUGACAAGAGGAAUCCUAAAUGGUGCUGCAUUUUAUCUGACCAAGCCUUUGACUUAUUCUGACAUUGAGAAGUUAUGGCAACAUGUUUUUACAAGAAAGAUGGAAACCAAAAUCAUGAAACAAACAGAAAUUCGUGGACAAGAUUCGCUGCAGCAAGAAAAACAAAAGAUUAGUAGCAUUGAUGGAUCUUCUAAAGCUAAUGACCAAGAAACACUGCACAAGACAUACGAAUUAACUAAUAGGAAAGAACCUCUUGACGAUCCGCUGAGCGAUGAUGAAACAAGUCGCCUUCCUCAGAUUCCAAAGAACGGCAAAGGGGUUAUGUGGAAGGGAACAUUACAAAAUCUCUUCCUGCAAGCUGUUGAAUACAUGGGGGUUACGCAUGCUGAGCCAAAGAAGAUACAAGAAUACAUGAAAGUUCCAGGAUUAACUAGAAAGAACAUUGCAAGCCACCUUCAGAAGCACAGGUUCAAAGAUCGAGUGGAAAAAAGAACAGAUCCAAGUACUAGUGCACCGUUAAAUGUACAAACUUAGAGUCCUCAAGAAACAUCUCAAUAUUCAUUUUCAUCAUUCCAAGCAGAGUCAAGAGACAGUAGCUUUCAGGGUUUUAAUGCGCCAUCAUCGUUAUUUCCGACAAACAACAAUCAAAGGUUAAUGGCGCCAAUACAUCAACCAUGGCUUUCACAUAAUACUUCUAUUGAGAAUGAACAAUCUAUUAAUCCGCAAAACAAAGCUGUUAUCAGCCAUUGCAACACGACCAUUUGCAGCGACGAAUUUAUGGCCGAACUCAUCUUCAACGCAGGGCGAAUAUUUAGUAGAUGGUGAUACUGAUGAUAGCGACACCAUUUAGCUAGAACAAGCUGGUUAGCUAUGGAUGGAGUGAAAAGUUGUAUGCUUGUACCAAUUAUCGUGGAUCAGGAGUCGAUCUUCUAUCUUUUACGCCAUGUUGUAUUUGUAGAUUUA